AUUUUGCGUACCUCCAUUUCCGACUACGCCUCUCGCCCAUUUGGACCCUCCUCGGCUUCCGUUCCAGAUGAUCCCUCCCAGAGGUUGAGGCUGCCUCCUCCUUCUUCUGGAGCUAGAGCCACCUCCCCGGCCAGUGGCGUAGCCGGACUCUGCGUCGGGGCCAGCUAGAUAGGGGCGGAGGUCCGGAGCCCGGUCUGGACUCGAGCGGAGGGCCAUGGAGAAAGCGGCCCCAGGCGCUUUCCACACCGACUAACGUGGGCCCGUUCCGGCUGUAGGCGCCAUGGACCGAGCCCCCGCAGACCAGAAUGUCAAGCUGUCAGCUGAGGUAGAACCAUUUAUUCCCCAAAAGAAGAAUCCUGAUACGUUUAUGAUCCCUAUGGCACUCCCAAAUGAUAGUGGAAAUGUUUCUGGUGUAGAACCAACUCCAAUUCCCAGCUACCUGAUUACUUGUUAUCCGUUUGUGCAGGAAAACCAGUCCAAUAGACAGUUUCCAUUAUAUAGCAGUGAUAUACGAUGGCAACAGCCCAAUCCAAACCCUGCUGGACCAUACCUUGCUUACCCCAUUAUAUCUGCUCAGCCACCUGUUUCUACGGAGUAUACAUAUUAUCAGUUGAUGCCAGCACCAUGUGCCCAGGUUAUGGGUUUCUAUCAUCCUUUUCCUGCACCCUACUCCAACACUUUUCAGGCUGCAAAUACUGUCAAUACCAUAACCACAGAGUGCACUGAGCGUCCAAGUCAGCUUGGACAAGUCUUCCCAUUGUCUGGUCAUCGAAGCAGAAACAGUAACAGAGGACCAGUGGUACCAAAACAACAGCUUUUACAACAGCACAUAAAAAGCAAAAGGCCACUGGUGAAAAAUGUAGCUACUCAGAAGGAGACAAAUGCAGCAGGUCCUGAUAAUCGAUCAAAAAUUGUGCUACUGGUAGACGCUUCCCAGCAAACUGAUUUCCCAUCAGACAUCGCUAACAAGUCUCUCUCGGAGAGCUCUGCUGCGAUGCUUUGGAAGGCCAAAGGCAGGAGGAGAAGAGCAUCCCAUCCUACUGCAGAGUCCUCUAGUGAGCAGGGAGCUAGUGAAGCUGACAUUGACAGUGAUAGUGGCUAUUGCAGUCCCAAACACAGCAACAACCAACCUGCAGCUGGGGCUUUGAGAAAUCCUGAUUCUGGCACCAUCAGUCACGUGGAAUCAUCUAUCUGUUCAGGUGGUGUAAAUUGGUCCAAUGUAACUUCCCAGGCAACUCAGAAGAAACCUUGGAUGGAAAAAAAUCAGACGUUUUCUAGAGGUGGAAGGCAGGCUGAACAAAGAAAUAAUUCACAGGUUGGAUUCAGAUGCCGAGGACAUAGUACUUCCUCAGAGAGAAGACAGAAUUUGCAAAAGAGACAAGAUAAUAAGCAGUUAAACCCCAGUCAGUCUCAUAGAGGCGACCCAAAUUCUGAGUCUUUGUAUUUUGAGGAUGAAGAUGGAUUUCGAGAACUAAAUGAGAAUGGAAAUGCUAAAGAUGAGAAUAUUCAACAGAAACUUUCUUCAAAAGUAUUGGAUGAUUUACCUGAAAACUCACCAAUCAAUAUAGUUCAGACUCCAAUUCCCAUUACAACCUCAGUUCCUAAACGUGCAAAAAGUCAGAAGAAGAAAGCUUUAGCAGCAGCCCUUGCCACAGCUCAAGAAUAUUCAGAAAUAAGUAUGGAGCAAAAAAAACUACAGGAAGCUUUAUCAAAGGCAGCUGGAAAAAAGAAUAAAACUCCUGUGCAGCUAGAUCUGGGAGACAUGUUAGCAGCUCUGGAAAAACAACAACAAGCCAUGAAAGCACGGCAGAUUACUAAUACCAGACCUCUGUCGUACACAGUGGUCACUGCAGCUUCUUUUCAUACUAAAGACUCUACUAACAGAAAACCUUUAACCAAAAGUCAGCCUUGUUUGACAUCCUUUAAUUCUUUGGACAUUACUUCCUCUAAAGCAAAAAAAGGAAAAGAAAAGGAAAUUGCAAAACUAAAACGGCCCACAGCACUUAAAAAGGUUAUUUUGAAAGAAAGAGAGGAAAAGAAGGGCCGUUUAACUGUGGACCACAAUCUUUUGGGAUCUGAGGAACCAGUAGAAAUGCACUUAGAUUUUAUUGAUGAUUUACCACAGGAGAUUGUUUCCCAGGAAGAUACUGGACUGAGCAUGCCCAGUGAUACAUCCCUCUCUCCAGCGAGUCAAAACUCUCCAUACUGUAUGACACCUGUGUCACAAGGCUCUCCGGCUAGUUCUGGGAUAGGCAGUCCAAUGGCGUCUUCAACAAUAACCAAAAUCCACAGCAAAAGGUUUAGAGAGUAUUGUAAUCAAGUUCUUUGUAAAGAGAUUGAUGAGUGUGUGACUCUUCUUCUUCAAGAGCUUGUCAGUUUCCAGGAACGCAUCUACCAAAAGGAUCCUGUAAGAGCAAAAGCGAGGAGACGGCUGGUUAUGGGUCUAAGGGAGGUUACCAAACAUAUGAAGUUAAACAAGAUCAAAUGUGUUAUAAUUUCUCCAAAUUGUGAAAAAAUCCAGUCCAAAGGUGGCCUGGAUGAGGCUCUCUAUAAUGUUAUAGCCAUGGCACGGGAACAAGAAAUUCCUUUUGUGUUUGCCCUUGGAAGAAAAGCUCUAGGACGUUGUGUGAACAAGCUGGUUCCUGUGAGUGUAGUGGGAAUCUUCAACUACUUUGGUGCUGAGAGCUUGUUUAAUAAAUUAGUAGAACUCACUGAGGAAGCCAGGAAAGCAUAUAAAGAUAUGGUUGCUGCAAUGGAACAGGAGCAAGCUGAGGAAGCCUUAAAGAAUGUGAAAAAGGUGCCACACCACAUGGGUCAUUCUCGGAAUCCCUCUGCAGCAAGCGCCAUUUCCUUCUGCAGUGUUAUUUCUGAACCCAUCUCUGAAGUAAAUGAAAAGGAAUAUGAAACAAAUUGGAGAAAUAUGGUGGAAACUUCAGAUGGAUUAGAAACGUCAGAAAAUGAGAGAGAGGUUUCUUGUAAGCACAGCACAUCUGAAAAACCCAGUAAACUUCCAUUUGACACAGCCCCUGUUGGUAAGCAGCCAUCCUUAGUGGCUUCAGGCAAUUCUACCUCAGCUACAAACCCUGGAAAAUCAGUGAGCGAUAAAGAGGAAGUGAAGCCAGAUGACCUGGAAUGGGCCUCACAACAGAGUACAGAGACCGGCUCUUUGGAUGGCAGUUGCCGGGAUCUUUUGAAUUCCUCCAUCACCAGCACCACCAGCACUCUUGUACCUGGCAUGCUUGAAGAAGAGGAUGAUGAAGAUGAGGAGGAGGAAGAAGAUUAUACUCAUGAACCCAUAUCUGUAGAAGUACAGCUCAAUAGUAGAAUUGAGUCUUGGGUCUCUGAAACCCAGAGAACGAUGGAAACUCUUCAGCUUGGAAAAACCCUUAAUGGUUCUGAGGAAGACAACGCAGAGCAAAGUGGGGAAGAGGAAGCAGAGGCACCUGAGGUGCCGGGGCCAGGGAGGGAUAGUGAGGCCUGGACUACUGACCAUCAAGCAAGUCAGGAGCAGCAGAAGCCCAGCACCUGCAGCUCACUGAACAAGGAGCACUCUGAUUCUAAUUACACACCCCCAAACCUAUAACUCAGGAAAUGUAAACUAUCUGUCUCCACCUGUGUAAGGGUUGCAGCCAUUAUCUUUCAUGCUUCAUCUCAACAUUUUGCACUGUCCAGUAUUUAAUAUAUGUAUUUAAUUCCUGACAGAAAUAUUUUUGUAGCUGUCUUUUACUUGUUUUGAUCUAUAGCUUAGCUUUUUAUUAGCAUCUGAGUGUCUUUCUAUGAACUGUGUGGAAAGUUCAGAAUUGUUUCAGCUUAUUUUGUUAUGGAAAACAGUGAUUAAAAAAGACCAGGUUUUAAAGGAAGUAAAUUUACAGUGCCUAUUUAGAGUCAUUUUGAACGUUAAAAAUCACGGUUCUGAGAAUAGGAGCAGUUACCGGUGUUUGCUUCAAGACUACACCUCCUUCACUCUAAUUUGUCUGACCAAAAAGUUGUUUGGGUUUUUUUAAAAAAGAACUGGAGGUUCUGGAGUUAAAAAAAAUUAGCUGAGGGUAACUCUAAGUUCACAAAGUGUUUUGUGUUGAAAUUUGGUGCAACUUUUAUUUAGUCCACAGAUGCUUAUUUCAUAAGUCACUGAUCAUUGUAAUUGAUUAUAGUUGGGAUGGGCUAAGACAGAGCCUCCAAAACUUAGACUAGCAAAGGAGCCACUAUGUAUGAUAGGUUAGAGCUGGCCUUAUUUGUGGAAAGUGAUAGAUGUUGUCUUUAAUAGUGAGAAGUCACCCAUGGUAGGAACUUCCAGGUUCUGUUUCACAUUUGCUUUUUACUUACCUCAGGAAUGCUCUUGUACAUACAUAGUCAUAUUUGCAUAAGGUUAGGCAGAUUUUGACAGAUGAAUAACUGUAACUGAUUGUAUGACUUCAGCACUAAACAUGUAAACUAUCUAGAAACAAUAUCUUAACACUGGUGUGUUCUCUUGCAUGCUUCUGAUUUGGGAUUCUCUGGACUUGAGAUGAGAAUUUGACUGGGUACUCAAAACAAACCUUUCCUGAGUGAAAAGCUAUUGCACCUUUAAAAAGAAAAGAAUUUGUCCCUAACCUCAAGCACCUGCCAUGUGACACCUACCAUAGUUACUGAUGGGAGGUCAGGGAAAGGAACUUUAUACAAUUAUAACAUGCAUCCUGAUAAUCAAGGCUUGGAAGAGAAAGUUUUGAAGAAAAGAGAAAGUUGCUCUGAUUGUGCUGAAGCUGUUAGAUGAUUUAAGAGUGUGCAGAUAGGUGCAGGUAUUCUUCACCAUUAUUAUUUAUCUCUGCCCAUCUCCUGGAAUGUGUAUACCUCCUUGGUAGUGACCUCUGCAAGUUUAUAAUGGUGAAAAAAUUACAAAUUACCUAUUUUUCUGUCUUCCCACCAACUACCCACCACCUCCAACCAACCAACACACACAUGCCUGUGUACACACACAAAUGCAUGCAUGUACACACCAGCUUUACACUUCCAACUCCCAUAAGCAGGCGCAGAGCUAAAGAGAGAGGGGUAUUUUCCCUGCUUAGGUGUUAUGGGGCAGAGCUUUGCCCCACAGAGGUGCGAGGGAAGAAUUGGGCAGGUUCUUUAUGAAUGCAUGGGGACUGCUGUGCUAGUCCUAAUGUUUUAUAAUCCUGGCAUUUAACUACUGGAGAGACCAGAUUCUUGGUUGAUGACUUAGUUAUCUGUGAACUGUGAAAGUUUAGGAGCAUUGCUGUGUAGAAAAUGUUAGUCUGUCAACUUUGUGUGCUGAAAGGGGAUGUUACUGUACUGUUCUCCAGUGUAGACUUCUUAGGCACAACUUAAAGGAAUGUAGCAUGUAAGGAAUGAAGCCUCUCAAAUAGUAAUCAUGGAUUUACGUGUGGCAGAUCCUACUGACAUUUGGACGUGGUGGUUGAAAGAAAUGAUAGAGGUUUUGAACUACUGACAAUCUUAAAAGUGAAUUGAAAAACUUUUCAUACUUUUUGAUGUAAAUUUCCUUCGAUUAGUGUCAGUGAUUCAGAUAACUCUUGAUCUUAAGGUAAUGAAUGGCUUUUCAAAGGUUUCUUAUAUUUUAUAUCUCUACUGAGUGAGAAUUGUCAUUUUAGAUUUUUGACAUUUGUAUCAAGAGAAGUUGAGGAAAUCUUCUGAACACCAGUAACUUUGAAUUUGCUAUGGACUUCUGAAAUGUUCAAUUAUGUGUCUGAUAAACGCUUUUGCACGUGCAGUAUCUUCUGCCAGCAAACCCAAGGGACCACAUCCUUUUUUAUAUGAAACAGGUCACCUCUAGAGGACAACCCAAAAUUUAUUAAAGGAAAUGUUGAACCUAUGCUUAAAUAAGUAUUAAUAAUGUCUUUAUAAUUUGUUUCCUUUAGAUAAAUUUUGGAAUUUGUGUAUAUUGUAUGCAGGGGGAGGUGUGAAAAUUAGGAAAGUGUUCUUUUGGAUCUGGGGUGAGUGACUCUUUGGAGAUCUAGAGAGAUCUAAUGGUAAGAGCAAGGGUUCAUCACCACAAGAAGUAAAAACCAUAGUGAUUUUUUUCUUCGUGCGUAGAGGUUGUUUUUCUGGCAAUAAUUAAUAUUAGAUUUCUAUUUCAAUACAUAAGUAUAUGAAUUACAAUAUGAAUUGCACUCCCAAAACUAGAUUUCUGCUUUGGUAGGUUUGUUUGCUGUGAAGAUUACUUAAGAGACAAAUGUUCGUAUUAGCUUAACUUUUGGUUUAAAUAUGUUUGUAAAUGAUGUAAUAUAUUUCUUUUGACUAAACCUGGGGGGAAAAUGUGUGUUAUACAUUGAAAAGUUUUUAAAGGUUUUGACCGGAGGUCAUUUUUGCAGAGAUGGUAUUUUAUAUGCUUCCAGUAUUUGGAAAAGAAUUAGUCAAAAGGAAUUCACGUAGUUUAAAUAUUGAGAAAUUAAUAUCCAAAUAAUGAAUGACUUGUCUGAUUUCUUAAUAAGCUGGGGGAGGUGGGUGGGGUGGGAAUUAUAAUGUGCAAAUGAGUAGUGAACUCUACCUUCAUUUUUCAACUCUUUAACAUAAAACUGUUCAAUCCUAACGCAUUGUUACUUUAAUAUAUGUAUAAAGAAGUAUUACUGUUUGUAAAGCUGCUGUUUGCUUUAAAAAAAAAAAACUGGCAUUUAAGUAUUUUCCAUAUGUUGUGCCAACAGGGUGGAACAUUAAUUUAUCCAUUUAAACACUUCAUCUUUUUUUGAUUUAAAAUUUUUUGUGAAAUAAUUUAUUAUCUUCCUCCUACUUUCAGCCUACACACAUCAUAGAAUCAACCAAACUGUUUGCCUGAUCUGGAAAUCUGAAUCCUAAUUAAUGAUAAAAAUUUAAACUUUGUUGGCACAUCACACCUUAUAAGUAUUUGUAUUAUUUUAUAAUUUAAUUUCUAAAUAUACCACAUGAAUUUAUAAUUUAAUGUCUUAAUUGUAAUGCUCUAAUAAAAAAACUAGCAGAAUUAGCGUGAAUUAUAACAUGAAGGAAUUUUCAUCCUGUUAGUUCUUUUGCUGUAUGAAGGAUGAUUGUUCUAUCACAUUUUAGGGGUAAUAACGGCUUUUUUGCACUGUGUAAAUACUAGUGGAGAUUCUUCUGUAACUAAUAAAAGGAUUAUUGAAAUG